CCUAACUCCCCAAUCCGCGCAUGCCCCCAGUCCAGGCUCUCCUCCAAUCCCGCACGCAGGGGCGGCGCGACGGCGUCGACGUGGCGCAGGAGGGCGUCGGCGGUGCUGCAGAGCUCUGGGCCGGCGGCGGAGAGGCGGACCACGGGGCGGCCGAGCGGAGCCACGCUCUCCCCCAAUCCCGCACGCAGGGGCGGCGCGACGGUGGGCUUGCCCUCGAAGCGCGCGUCGACGUGGCGCAGGAGGGCGUCGGCGGCGCCGCAGAGCUUCGGUCCGGCGGCGGAGAGGCGGAGCACGGGGCGGCGAGGACACCAAUCCGAGGUUGGAUUCCAAGCUCAUGUUCCCCACUGCUCCCUCUCCCCGCCGUCCUGCUCGCAUUGCUCCUAGGAGCAGUGAGGGGCAGCUCUGGGCCGGAGGUGGAGCAGAAAAGGGCGGCUAUGGGGGUGGCGCUAGGUGGAGAGGAGCAGAAAAGCAGCAGCCCACCUACAGUUAGGAUGGAAGCCUAUACGGCAGCUGGUUCGGGGCCGCUUCCUCCAGCCCUAUCAUUCUUCAUCGUGCACGGCGGCAAGAGGAGUGAAGCGACGGAGGCAGACCAAGCUACUUCUUUGCGGCACUGGGCAGGAGAAGCACAGACCAUGCUGCGCCACGCCGUCGAGCUCGUUGCUGCGAAAUGUUGUGGCCGGGCUGAACAGUUGGCCGAUAGUGGGAGCAGCAUCGCCAGUGGCUCGAACUGCCGUCACGCGCUGUCUCGUCGCUGGGAGGAGCGCGACAGUACUCAACAGGAGGACGAAGAAGGAGAAGGAGGAGCGUGGAUUGGACAUGCAGCUGCAGCGUUGGUGGCCUUUGAUCUGUCCCUGCCCGAAGACGCCGCCACGCUGCCACUACUUCUGAACUGCCAGCUUAUGUCUGGACUGCAGUGCAAGUCAGGAUUUUUCUUUCUUCAAAGAAAAAUACUCUUGCAGUCCUCCCGUGUUCCUUGGGUUUCUUCAACUUAUUAUUAUUGGGCAUUGUGUGCAAAACCUAAUCGAGAGUUUCCGUGGUACCUUCAUGGUGUGGAGUCCCUGAUCAAGACCAGGGCGUUGAGGAGUUCUGUGCUAGGACCAACAGGGCCAGAGACUUGCAGUCCUGCAGCUUGCUACCACAUCCCCCAUCAGUACAUAGAGGACUCAAACAAUAAGGAGGUAGAGUAUCAGAGAACAAGCAACUGCCAUGUCAUAGUAGUGUUGAUCUGAAGCAAAGUAUUUAUUUACGUAAGCUAUAGCUUCUGAUGUCGAGUAACUUGGUCCAAGUUAAGUUCACAUUUCUCAUCAAUCCGUAUUGGCUUAAGCUGGACAUUCAUUUCAGUCAAGUACAUUUCAGGGCAUAACCAAAUCAUCAGUUCUGGCUUCUUCCUAAUGCAACCUGAACAACUUGGAUUCCGUCAAUGUGUCAGCCUGAGGUUUAAGGGUUAAAUUUUAACUUUUUGUCUGAAGUUACGUCAGACCAACAUCAUUCACAGCUAUCUAAGGUUCAUAGUUGAUAAUAAUGUCCUACAGAAUCUGGAUAAAGAAUAGCUGGAAGUAAUACACGUGUAAUUAAAUAUAAGUGCCUAUAUUGUCUGGGGGUGAAGAAUCUGGAUAAAGAAUAGCUACAUUGCUGCUCUUUAGUUUUUAGUUUCCCAUCUGCAUGUAAAUGAUACUAAUUAGUGUUUACAAAGUUUCUUAAUUCUUGCAAUAAGAUUGCCAGAUGAGGUGAUAGAUUUGGACAACGAUAAUGGUUGUUAUUUGUUGCCUAACCUUAGAUUGCAUUUUACGUAAGGUUGCUGUUAUUUCAGCUCAUGAAUACGUGUUAUAUGGAUUUAUAAUAUAUCACAGUAUCAUCAAGAGAAAAAGACUUGAUGGUAUGUAUAUGCACUUCUUAUGCUCACAUUCAGUUCAUAGCCAUUGUUUUCUUCAUUAUCUUUCCCAUGUAUUCAUUUUCCAGCAUAUUUUUUUUUUUGGAUUUGAGAGCAAGUUUACCACCUGAAACUAACUUUAAGCUAUAGGUUUCCUUAUUAUAUUUCCUAUUUAUUCCAGAUGCAUAGGGAGUUGAUAUCUUAAAUUGAAUUUCUAUCAUGGGAAUCAGAAAAUAGCUUUCAGACUUCACAUAAGGAGACUAACUAUUGCUAUAUAUGUUGGUUCUUUUUUCUCUUAUAGUACAGAAAUAUAAUAAUAUCAACUACAGAAUUUACUAAGUUUCAAAAAAACUACAGAAGUUACUCCAUUACCCAUGCAGAUUUCAUAGCUGCACCUAAACUAUGCUUGUGAAAACCAUAACUAAUUCAUAUAUAAUCAGAAAAAUGCAAAGAAGAUAACAAAAUGUUCAGAAAAAGAAACUAUAUCUGUUUAUAUCAAAAUCAUGCAUGUUUGAAUAUUUGUAAAACUGUUUUAGACAAGAUAUGUUUUGACUAGAAAAGCCUGUGCUCGAUUAUCUCGAGCACAUGCUUCUUGGGUAAAGAGGAAUCAGGCGAUUUGAAUGAAGUUUUUUUUGUAAUGUAUCAAUAAGAUAAAGUCCUGCAACGAGAACAGUUCAAACACUUUCAGCUUUGCUGUUUUCUAUUUUCUACUCUGCUUUUCAUCAACAUGGUUUUAUAUUGUUUUUGUUCUGAUUACUCUAUGUGCAUCAUUCAUUGGUUUUAUCUUUGUCUCUCCACUGAUUACUCUAUUUUCAAGUGUAAAUUCAAGAACAUUAACUUCAGAAAUUAUAUGCAUCAUUCAUUGGUUCAGGUACAAUGUGGAGAUCACAUCUUUUGCCUUCUUCUAGCUGAUGCUAACUGACCUUAUUCAGGUUCUAUUAUCUUUCACACUAUGUAUACUUCCGAAAUCGUCGCCCGUACUAUGUUGGUGCUUGAAUUGAACUUGCUAUUCUGUGCAACACUAAGAUUUUUUGAGUACUACUAGAAAAACAAAUAUUUAUUUCAUCCUAAGAUACUACUAAAAUAAUAUCAGGGUGGCCAUAAUUUUCUGUGUAAAGGUAUGUUUGUUAGUGCAUAGGUAGGUCUUGGUGUGCAGUACAUUGUUGUUAGGAAAAGUGACUUAUGCAACUUCUUGAUACAAACACUCUUUUAUUGGCAAGUGUGAUGUGUUGCUUAUUCUGAAAAGGCAAUGAAUUUCAGCUAAUGUUUGUGCGUGAGUGUUCUGUUGUCACAAUAGCUCGAGGUCUUGGUUAAGUUGUAAUGCUUUCCUUUGCAUAAUUAUUAUUUGUUCUUCAUAGGGUGUUAAUUAUUCUGAAAACACGGUGAAAUCUUAGUUAAUGUUUCUACAUACGAAUGAGUUAUAUAGUCUCAAUAGGUAGAUGCAUUAGUUAACUUGUAAUUGUUACCUUAGAUGAGUAAGUAUUUGUAGUUCCUUGGGUACUGUACGCCUGAUCCAUUUUCUUUAUCUGAAAGUUAGUAAAAUGCUCAGUGUGCUUUUCUUUGGUUGUUGCUACUUGAUGAUGCAUACUGGUAUCCGUUAUAAUUUCUGGCUGAUUGUUCUUUGGAACUGAUUUUGCAGUAUCCAUGGUUAAUUCAUCUCUGACUGUUUGUUCUUUUUAAUUAAUUGUUGCAGUAUCUACGGCUAUUUAUAUUAAUUAUUAUUUGUAUUUGAUGAUUUUACUGAUGCCAACACUUUGUUGAAGCCUGUGACUCUCAAACCCCCGGCAGUGUCCUUCAACCUAUCUACGCAGCAACAGCACGACGAUGUGCUUGCUAUCGGAACAACGCAGCCACUACCUGAUGAUGACGACGCUCUGAUCAAGUAGAGAGAGGAUCAUGAGUUGAUUGUGCUUUGUACAAGAGUUUGCUACUUUUAGCUUACUAUGGAUCAUAUAUAUCUAUCUUCGCAUGGUUGUCUUGUGAUCAUGAGUGCUCUAGGCUAUCAUAGAAUUUCGACUAUCAGAUUUGGUCCGCUAAGAUAUGGAACAAACCCUGUCGAAGAUGUGCCUGAUGCCGAUGGCAAGAAAAACAUCAGUUGAUUCCCCGUUAGGAAAGUUGUCUAAUAGGUGUCCGGCAUCUGGAACGGUUUCACACGUUAAUUUUUCUCAUUUUUAUAUGCCUUUCAUCAGGCUGAAAUUGCCGCUUCUGAAGACGUAGAAGCAACGGAUCGGGAUACUUUAUAGCAUUGAUGAAACGAUGUUUUUGGUCCGCUUCAGUUGUUCCAGUUUCAUAGUGAAUGAAGUCCCUGAGCAUAUGGACAUUCAUGGAAUAAGUAGGAUGUGCUAACAGGGUAUUUUUUUUCUCACUGAAAGUGUCUUGUGGUGGCUGGGUGUCUAGAGACUAGAGACACAUUUCUUGCAUGGUCGACUAAGAUGGAGUGGCAUGACACGGUGGGCAUUAAUCAAUUUAUUUGGAUAUUGCCUAUAGGAUUGUUGUUUUCUAUUGAGAUCUAUUGACAGUGUAAUCUUAAUCUGGUAUUUUAGUAAUGACACAAAACAUAUCUUGUUGCAACUGCAACCCAGUUGUCCUAGCAUGGAUACCUAUAGAGUAACUAUUUUUAUUCAUGUUGCUUUUA